UGGUGAUCGCCAAUAUUAUCUUCCUCGCAGCAGGCGACUUUAUCCUAUAUGCCGGGAUCUACCUCAAGACGGAAUAUUGGGCAGACAUGUUUGAAGGCGACAACCUUCGGCAAAAUGCAAGUGCUGAACGCGACCUUGUCAUGGGGGGUGUUGAUCUUCGCGUCGCUCAUCAUCGUAGCGGCCGUCGUUGGCUUCGCCGGCGCGGUCUUCCGCGUGCGCUUCUUGCUGGUGAUCUACGCGAUAUUGUGCACGUUAUCGGAUAUUGCUUUCCUCGCCAUCUCCAUGGCAGGAUGGUUCAUCUUUGCCAAAUCGUCGAGUUGGAAAGACAAGGCGUUUCCUGCCGACAAGAAACAAGAACGAGCAUUUGCCAGUAGAUUCAACCAGGAGUACUGCUACGUCACCGGCGCCAACCUGUGCAACAACGUGUUGUUCAGUAGUGAGGCCAUUUCGAAACUGGCCCCCAACACGGCCUACGACGUGCUAUCUCUCGUGUUGGACGCGCUCAAGGAGGUCAUGGCUAGCGCGGGCAUCCACGGCAUGCAGAGUUUGUGCCAGAACUUUGGUGCGAACGGCGCUGUCGCUGACCUCGCCGCGCUCGUGCCAACUCAACCCCAUCUGCACAGGAUGUGAAACGGCACACCAGCCCUCCAACUUGAACUCUGUCUUUGCCUGGGUCAACGACCAGUGCCCCCCGACCCGGCCGCGCUCCAGUGGUGCGUGGGGCUGUUGAGUGCCAAAACUCACGGGCCAGACAUCGCCACGCCCUUCCGCAUCUGCCGAACCAACCUCUACCGCGCAUUGGUCAAGUGGACGCCUCUGGUUGUCCUUCCCACGACUGCCGUGACCAUCACUCUGUUUUGCAUCGUGUUUGUCGCGUGUAUCGUACACCGACGCUAUCCCCC